AUGUCAUCAUCAGAACAACCCAUCACGAUCAACGAUCAAUUCAAGAAGACCGUUCGAUCAAUUGAAUUGCUCACCUUAUCUGGAAAACGUCAGGAUUCCAAAGAAUAUCAACACGAAUUAGUUCAAUUACUCAAUAAGUUGCUCAAAAUAAAAAAUCAAGUAUACCAAUUGGGGAUAUUUUCGGAUAAUGAGACAGUAGAGGAUAUAAAUACCAAAGAUAUCAAAUUUCUUGCGGUAGAGUAUUAUUUGGGAGAAUUGGUGUCGAAAAAAUUGGAUUACGUUGGAGAUGAAGAGAGUCAGAAUAGAAGAAUUAAUUAUGAUUUCAAGAUUCGUAAUUUGAAAAAAUCAGUACAAUUCUUGAUUGAUUUCCUAGCACAUCUUCAAAAUUACAAUAUUUUGAAUGAGUUCCAGCUGAAAAAAUUGGGGCAUUUCCAAGACCACUAUCAACCAAAAUUAUCGGAAUUGAGACCUAAUGAUCCAGCUUUACGAAGAGAAGAGAAAAUUCAAAAUUUCAAACUCGAGAAGCUCAUCAAUGAACAAUUAAAAACAUUUGAACAAAGGUAUCCGAAAUUCGUGAAUGGUGAAGAAGAAGACGAAAAUGCCAUCGAUGAAGAUACCCUCCGAGAAUUGUAUUUGAACAAAUUACGGUUAUUCUCUUUAAAAUCUUUCAGUCAUUUGGAAAUGUUGAAUAUGGAACUAGAAGUUUUGGCAAACCGUCCUCCGGAAAGAAUCCAAGAAAUUCCCCUUCCUCCUCCUUCUUCUUCUGCUGCUGCUCCUAACGGAUCCUCCGCGGAUAAAAAAUUACUUUCCCAAGAAAACGAUUACGGGUAUACCGAGAGAGUUGAGUUCCGCAAACCAUCAGAGCUUAUUUCUCCAGAGGGGAAAGUCCUUCAACCGUUCACGUUUGUAUCAUCCAAAGAUCAAAUCAAGAAAAAAGUGUUUGGCUACGGACAAGUCAUGCCAACCAUGUCGGUGGAAGAGUACAUUGAAGAAGAAAUUAAAAGAGGAGGGAUCAAAACCGAAACCAUUACUGGAGAACAAAAUAGUGAGAGUGAAGAUAGUGAUGAAGAUGAUAGUGAUGAAAAGUUAUACAAAGCUAGAGAAUGGGAUGAGUUCAAAGAUGCUCAUCAUAGAGGUGAAGGUAAUAUGAAAAACAAAGGGUGA